GCACUAGUUGAAAACCGUCUAUAACUAUCCGAACCUUUCCGCUGAGAGCAGAAUACGACAUUGAUCUUUUAAACGCACCUUUUAAUAAAAAUAUUCUGUCUAGACUCCCAAAGGUCAUGGAAUCUUCUUGUAUUCCUGAAGCACAAUGGUAUGGUCCAGAAUCCGCCCCAUCUCCCUUGCGAUUGGUCUUCCCCCCCCCUCAGAGAGACGAAUAACUCUUGCCCAAUGACCGCUCACGUUUCUUCAGCGACUGCAAAGCGAUGGAAGGAGGCGGCCUGGGAGACGCCCCCUACGCGCUCUACGAUUGGCUACGUUGCACGGCGCGCGAGGACGGCGGGCCCGAAAGAAGAGGACUACGACUCCCGGCAGCCCCACAGCGGGACUCCGUUACGCAUGCGCACAGGCGGGGCUAGCAAGCUUCUAUAUAUAAGAGGCGCUGAGGGCUAGGAGACAGCAGUUGGAAGUUGGCAGGUGGAAAGUCAGGUUGGGAGGGGAAGCCGGAGGAGGAGGCGGAAGAAGAGCUGUCUGAAGGGGGAGGAGGGAGGGAGGAAAAGAGGAGGAGGCGGAGGAGAACUGAGCGGAGCAUCGAGCCAGAGGGGAGAUGAGUUUGUCUGUCCUCGGCUAAGGCUCCGGCCCGGCCUGGGGAACUGGGAGCUCGGGUUGGAGCGACACCCGUGGAAGUGGGAGGAGGUGGCUCUGGGACUUUAACCCCUUGUGGGCUCUGCGGCAGGGGAUUUAACCCUUUGUGGAUUCGGCCCCUCGGAGGCAGCGUCAUCGGGUAGUUUUAACCCCUUCGGGGCUGGGUUUAACCCAUUGGACUUAAGCCUCACCUCCUUGCCCACCAACUCCUCCAUCGUGGGAGCGCUCAGCGGGGAGGCGUGAAGCCCACCCGUGUGAACAUUACGUACUGUGCCUGCCGCUGCAUCCUCUUGGACUUGCUAGUUGGCCACGCUUGUGAGCGCUUAACCCUUUAUUGACUUAACUCCAAGUUGCGAUUUGAGUUUGCUGACAAGACGGACGAAAGAAGUCACUGCAGAAAUUACCGGCCGAAGAGGACUUUGUUGGACAUUCUCUGAAAAGAAAAGCCUUUUUUUUUCUUAACCCAAAAUUUCUCAAACUUCCUGAAGAGGACUCUACUAAAGCCAUGGCCGAGCCACUCUUGUCAGAACAUCAACACCAGCCUCCAACUAGCAACUGUACAGGUGCUGCUGUUGUCCAUGAGGAGCAGAACUCUGAGCGCCCCCCAGGCGCGGAGGAACGGGUGCCCAAGGAGGACAGUAGGUGGCAAUCGAGAGCGUCCCCGCAGUCGGGUGGCCGUCCGGGACAGGAGGGAGAAGGGGGCCUGAAGCUCCAGCCGCCCCCACUGCAGACCAAUGACCGUCCAGAAUCAAGCUGCCUGGAAACGGGCGAGAAGGGCCAGAACGGGGAGGACCUAUCUACUGGCGGUGCCUCCCCGUCGGUGGAGGGGGAACCGAUGUCCGAGUCCCUUGUCCUGCCAGGUCAUGACUCGGAGGCCACCAAGUUGGGUGCUUCUGCCGCUGGAGGCGAGGAGGCAUGGGGACAGCAGCAGAGACAGUUGGGCAAGAAAAAACAUCGGAGGCGCCCCUCCAAGAAGAAGCGGCAUUGGAAGCCAUACUACAAGCUGACUUGGGAGGAGAAGAAAAAGUUCGACGAGAAGCAGAGCCUGCGAGCUUCGCGGGUUCGAGCUGAGAUGUUCGCCAAGGGCCAGCCGGUCGCGCCCUAUAACACCACGCAGUUCCUCAUGGAUGACCACGAUCAGGAGGAGCCUGACCUCAAAACCGGCCUCUACCCCAAGAGGGCAGCCGCCAAAUCCGACGACACCAGCGAUGAGGACUUUGUGGAAGAAGUUGGUGAGGAGGACGGGGGCAGCGAUGGCAUGGGAGGGGACGGCAGCGAGUUUCUGCAGCGGGACUUCUCGGAGACGUACGAACGGUACCACGCCGAGAGCCUGCAGAACAUGAGCAAGCAGGAGCUCAUCAAAGAGUACCUGGAGCUGGAGAAGUGCCUCUCGCGCAAGGAGGACGAAAAUAACCGACUGCGGCUGGAGAGCAAGCGGCUGGGCGGCGUCGAUGCGCGAGUGCGGGAGCUGGAGCUGGAGCUGGACCGGCUGCGCGCCGAGAACCUCCAGCUGCUGACCGAGAACGAAUUACACCGGCAGCAGGAGCGAGCGCCGCUUUCCAAGUUCGGCGACUAGACUGAAAACUUGGGGGGGGGGGGGCAAAGGGGACUUUUUACAGUGCUGGAAUGUAACAUUAUAUACAUGUGUAUAUAAGACAGCGGACCUUUUUAUGACACAUAAUCAGAAGAGAAAAUCCCCCUGGCUUUGGUUUGGUAAAUUUAGCCAUGAUGUUACUUGUGUGCUUUCUCCUGUUCUUUAAUUAUGUGAAACUGAAGGGUUGCUUUUCUUGUUUUCCUUCUUAGACGUUGUUUCUUAAUGUGCAAGUAAUUUGACCAAGUUAAAAUGCAUUUUUUUGUUUAAAAAAAAAAAUCCCCUCCUUAAGCGGAGCUAUGAGGUGGCCAAAUCUGAGACCCAUUACAUUCAUUCUAGUUAUAAUAAAUUUAAUGUUUGUAAAUGUAACAGU